CAUUGUGUUAUGAAAGAUAUAUAUUUUAGGUUAGGAAUAUUAGUUUGCACGUGUUUGUCAAUAUAAUUAUUUAAAUUUGGUUAAAAAUGGGUAAAAAUAAUAGACAUAAAAAGCUGUUAAAAUCAGAACGUGCAAAAGUUAAACUUAAAGGAAAAACCUUACCAAAAGGAACAAAUGUAACUAAUACAACUUUCAAAGUACGGAAAAUAAUAAUUGGAGAGCAGUUAAAAAAUGUUGGAGUGAACAAAGUUGAUAUUGCCACGCAAAUCAAAGAUUGCUUGUCCAAGCUCCGACAUCACAACCAUAAAAUUUGCAUGGGAUCAUUAAAUAAUCUGAAAUGUAUUUUAACCAAAUAUUCUGUUGACAUCAUAGAUAAUCAAUUUAGUCCAAUUUUGAAAAAUUUAUCUAGUCUCUCGACAAAUGAAGAAAAGGAUGUACGAAGAGAAUCGUUUACUGUGCUUCAAGCAUUAUUGAGACCUAUAGUUGACAAAGAUAGCAGAGUGUUAAUGCCAUAUUAUGAUGUAUUAUCUUCUUAUUUAUGUUGUGCAAUGACACAUAUUGAUCCAAGAAUACAAAAUGAUUCCUUAUUGUUUUUGGAUGUAUUAUUGAAAUUGGUUCCAUCAAUAGUAACCAAUAACUAUUCUAGGAUAAUGGAUAAUUUUUUAGACAUGAUAUCUAAGUUACGCAUUGAAUCGAAAUCUGAACGAUCACUAACAUUAAAUUUAAAUUCAAAAAUUUCUACUAUAAAAUGGAGAGUAAAUGUAUUGCAAAAGCUGCAACUUAUGUUACAAGUGUUAGUAGACUUCAUGAGGAACAAUAGUGGCAUUGAAAAGGGAAAUCAGGAUAUAGAAGUUACACAAAAUUAUUCAUUCAGAGAAACACUACCUGUCUACUUAGGAGUUUAUGAUGAUCACAAUUUAAAAAUAAAUGGACUAGGACUUUUUUCUGGAUCAAAUAAAAACUUUAAUGCAUCUUUGACCCAAGAAAAUGAUUUUAAAAGUAAAAUAGUAACAUUGAUGCCAUUAUUAUUUGAAACAUGGUUAGAAGUAAAAUUAAACAGCAUCAAAGGUUCUUCUGGUUGCUAUAUUUUAAAUAAUGAGAGCAUGGCAUUACUUACCUCCAUUAUGGAAAUUAUGAUCUCUUUACGAUUCUUUGUUCAAAUUCAAGCAGAUGAAGAAAAUAGUAGUACCGAUUGGUUUUACAAAAAAUAUAGAAAAGAUUUUAUUAACUAUAUAGUUGACGGAUUUCCAUAUUCCGGAAAUCGAAAUUUGAGCAAAAAUAUUCCAGCUUCCAGAUAUAGUGAUUGCUUGAUUCAAAAUAUAUACAUCUGUUACAUGUUUGUUCUUUUCUGUAAAGACUGUAAUUUAAAACAAAAACAUCAAUAUUCAACUAUAUUAAAUUAUGUUACUAAUUCUUUAUUCAAAAUUUGUACUCGAAAUGAUGAUUAUAAUACUUACCAAGUGUUAGAAGACAUGUUGUUAUGCAUUUUUUUUGAAAUGGGAGCAAAAAGCUACAAAAAUGGAAUAUCUUUGGAAAGUUUAUUGGAUUCUCUCAUUCAAUUAUUUUAUGGUGAAAUUAACACAUAUGUGAGAAAAAUCAUUUUUAAAAUAUUAUGUAGGAUAUCACAAGACACAGAACUUCAACAUUUGCAUAAGUCUUCUAAAUAUUUGUCUUGGAUACAAAGUUUACCUAUAAUGUUGUGCAAUUUAAAUCUUACUUUAGAAGAAGUUCAAUUUCUAAUCAUGCUCUCAAGACAUAAUAAUAUAGAAUUUUUAGAAAGUGUGCUAUCGGAACUUCCUAGAAUUUUAGAUACAAUAACACAUUGUACAGAUACACAAUUUAUUAGUACAGUCAUAAACAUUCUCUACUAUGUACCUGGUUUAACAGCUAAUGAUAUAAAUCUUAUUAAAAAUGCUGUGGACAAAUGUGAUAUACCGGCUGCAGACAAGAACUACAUGAAAACAAUAUUAAGUGGAUUUAACACAUAUUAAGAUUUAAAAUGAUAAAUCUAUAACAAACAAAACAUUUUUUAAUAUAUUUAGAAUAAUUAAAUGUGACUUGAAUCAUUUAGAAAGAUUAGUAAUUGC